GAGAUUAAAGCUGCUUCCCGAAGCUCACCCCAGCCCAUGUCACCGUCUGAUUUCCUGGACAAGCUUAUGGGACGAACAUCAGGGUAUGAUGCCCGGAUUCGACCCAACUUCAAAGGUCCGCCUGUCAACGUGACGUGCAACAUCUUCAUCAACAGCUUCGGCUCCGUCACCGAGACCACCAUGGACUACCGGGUGAAUGUCUUCCUGCGGCAGCAGUGGAAUGACCCCCGCCUGGCUUACCGUGAGUACCCUGACGACUCCCUCGACCUCGACCCCUCCAUGCUCGACUCCAUCUGGAAGCCAGACUUGUUCUUCGCCAACGAGAAAGGGGCCAAUUUCCACGAGGUCACCACCGACAACAAGCUGCUGCGCAUCUUCAAGAAUGGCAACGUGCUCUACAGCAUUAGGCUGACACUGAUCCUGUCCUGCCCCAUGGACCUCAAGAACUUCCCUAUGGACAUCCAGACAUGCACCAUGCAGCUGGAGAGCUUUGGCUACACCAUGAAUGACCUAAUCUUUGAGUGGCUGGAGGAGCAGGAGGCUGUGCAGGUGGCCGAGGGCUUGACGCUCCCGCAGUUCAUCCUCAGGGAUGAGAAGGACCUGGGCUAUUGCACCAAGUACUACAACACAGGCAAGUUCACCUGCAUCGAGGUGAAGUUCCACCUGGAGAGGCAGAUGGGUUACUACCUGAUCCAGAUGUACAUCCCCAGCCUGCUUAUCGUCAUCCUCUCCUGGGUCUCCUUCUGGAUCAACAUGGACGCAGCACCGGCCCGGGUGGGCUUGGGCAUCACCACCGUGCUCACCAUGACCACGCAGAGUGCCGGCUCCCGUGCCUCCCUGCCCAAGGUCUCCUAUGUGAAGGCCAUUGACAUCUGGAUGGCCGUGUGCCUGCUCUUUGUCUUCGCCGCCUUGUUGGAGUACGCAGCAGUCAACUUCGUCUCCCGCCAGCACAAGGAGUUCAUGCGCCUGCGCCGGCGCCAGCGGCGGCAGAGGAUGGAGGAAGAGCUUGUCCGCGAGAGCCGCUUCUACUUGCGAGGCUACGGGCUCAGCCACUGCCUGCAGCCAAAGGAUGGGGCUGGGGAGGGCCCUGGCAUCUACAGCCCCCCAACAGCCAGCAUGCUGCUGCGGGAAGGGGAGGGCCUCUGCAGGCGCUACAUCGACCGGGCCAAGCGCAUCGACACCAUCUCCCGAGCUGUCUUCCCCUUCACCUUCCUGGUCUUCAAUAUCUUCUACUGGGUUGUCUACAAAGUGCUGCGCUCGGAGGACAUCCACUCGGUGCCCUGA